CAACCACGGCGGCUGAGGUGCUCGGGCCCGCGAACAGCGAGGGCGCCAGGCGGUUACUCUGGUUACUGCGGAAGUACCGCGCUGGGACGGCAGCCGCUACCAGGCGAGGGAUGGCUGGUGAGGAGGCCGUCGGGGGGCACCUGCAGCGGGUGAGACAGAACAAUUUUCACAGCACGACGAGCCAACAUUAAAAUUGUAAAACAUCACCUGCAAUAACCCCCAGGACACCCCCCUCCCCAAACAAAGAAAGGGAGAUAGAUGGAUUGCUUGAGAGAGGAGAGUCUGAUUGGGAACUGUUGGAGCAGGCGAUUUUUAAAUACUGCUUUUUAAAUCCUGGACAACUUUCCGCUGUUCAGAUACUUUUAUACUACUAACUUUAUAUGAUUUAGUAAAUUAGUCUGAUUGUAUCGCAAUCCUUUGACGGUAUUUACUGGACUCUGGCUGGUUCCUCGUGCUGUUUGGCAACACAUUUUGGGGAGAAUAUCUAAGAACCAAAACCCUACAAGAACAACAGCCAAAAGAAGGAUCUCAACAUUGACCCGGAGUCACCGAAGAAGCCUUUAAACCAUGUGGACUUUUCUGGGCAUUGCCACUUUCACCUAUUUUUAUAAGAAAUGCGGAGACUUCGUCUCUCUGGCCAACAAGGAGCUCCUGCUGUGCAUGCUGGUGUUCUUUUCUCUGGGGCUGGUGCUCUCCUACCGCUGCCGCUCCCGGAGCUGGGCCCUCCCCGGGCGGCGGCAGAGCGGUUCCCAGUUUGCCGUCUUCUCGGACAUUCUGUCAGCCUUACCUUUCAUUGGCUUCUUCUGGGCCAAAUCCCCCACUGGAUCAGAAAAUAAAGAGCAGCUCGGGUCUAGGAGGUGCAAAAAAGGAACCAGUAUUUCAGAAACAACCUUAAUAGGAGCAGCUGCAUCUACGUUGGUAUCUUCUCAAAAUGAUCCAGAAGUUAUCAUUGUGGGAUCUGGAGUCCUUGGCUCUGCCUUAGCAGCAGUGCUUUCCAGAGAUGGAAGAAAGGUGACAGUAAUUGAGAGAGAUUUAAAGGAGCCCGACAGGAUAGUUGGAGAAUUUCUGCAGCCAGGUGGUUAUAAUGUCCUUAAAGACCUUGGUCUUGAAGAUACAGUGGAAGGUAUUGACGCCCAGGUUGUAAGUGGCUACAUAAUUCAUGAUCUGGAAAACAAAUCAGAGGUUCAGAUUCCUUUCCCUUUGGCAGAAGACAAUCACGUGCAGAGUGGAAGAGCUUUCCAUCAUGGAAGAUUCAUCAUGAAUCUCCGGAAAGCAGCUAUGGCAGAACCCAAUACAAAGUUUAUUGAAGGCGUUGUGCUACAGUUAAUAGAAGAAGAUGAUGCUGUGAUAGGAGUUCAGUACAGAGAUAAAGAAACUGGAGAUACUAAGGAGCUCCACGCUCCGCUGACUGUUGUUGCAGACGGGCUUUUUUCCAAGUUCAGGAAAAACCUGAUGAUCCCCAAUAAAGUUUCUGUGUCCUCUCAUUUUGUUGGCUUUCUUAUGGAGAAUGUACCACAGUUUAAAGCCAAUCAUGCCGAGCUUAUUUUAGUGAAUUCGAAUCCAGUUCUCCUCUACCAGAUUUCACCUAAUAAAACGCGAGUGCUUGUUGACAUUCAAGGAGAUGUGCCAAGGAAUUUAAGAGAAUACAUGACUGAAAACAUUUACCCACAAUUACCUGACCACCUGAAAGAACCGUUCCUAGAAGCCGCACAGAAUUCUCGUUUGAGAUCUAUGCCAGCAAGCUUCCUCCCUUCUUCACCAGCAAACAAACGAGGUGUUCUUCUUUUGGGAGAUGCACAUAAUAUGAGGCAUCCUCUUACUGGAGGAGGAAUGACUGUUGUUUUAAAAGAUAUAAAAAUAUGGAGAAAAUUGCUAAAGGGCAUCCCAGACCUUUACGAUGAUGCAGCCAUUUUCCAGGCCAAAAAAUCAUUCUAUUGGACAAGAAAAAUGUCUCAUUCCUUUGUUGUGAAUAUCCUUGCUCAGGCUCUUCAUGAAUUAUUUUCUGCCACAGAUGAUUCCCUACAGCAACUAAGGAGAGCCUGUUUUUUUUAUUUCAAACUUGGUGGAAAAUGUGUUGCUGGUCCAGUUGGGCUGCUUUCUGUAUUGUCUCCUAAUCCUCUAGUUUUAAUUGGACACUUCUUUGCCGUUGCAGCCUAUGCCACCUAUUUUUGCUUUAAAUCGGAACCUUGGAUUACAAAACCCCGAGCCAUUUUCAGUAGUGGUGCUGUAUUGUACAGAGCAUGUACUGUAAUAGUUCCUCUG